AUAUUUGUUAUCACUAGUUAUCAGAAAAUCGACUGCAGAUAAGACAGGCAUAAAUUUUUUUUGAAAUUUUCAGUUUCCGUGGUAAAAGUAUCGAUUUACUUUUUAUUUAAAUACGAAACUACCCAAACUGCACAGCGUACCUGGACACUAGACUCAAGUUUAUUAUGGCCUUUAUUAUUCGAAGAUUUUAUUCAUCAGUGAUGGAAAAGACUGUUAUGAUAUCUAAAUCAACAGAUGUAUUUGAAAACCUUGCCUUGGAACAUUGGUUCUACCGACAUUCAGACUUCACUAAUAAAUCUAUGUUGCUAUUGUGGGUAAACAGUAAUUGCGUUGUAAUUGGCCGACAUCAGAAUCCUUGGUUAGAAGUAAAUUUUGAUUCAGCUAUUAAUGUACGGAUAGCAAGAAGAAAUAGUGGUGGUGGAACAGUAUUUCACGAUAAUGAAAAUCUCAAUAUGACAUUUUUCACAAACAGGGAAAUUUAUAACAGGAAAAAAAACUUAGAAUUAAUUGUUGAAACAUUAAAGAGUGAAUGGAAUGUUGUGACAGAAAUUAAUAAACGAGAAGAUAUUGUUAUAGAAAAUAUGUACAAAAUAUCUGGCACAGCGUCUAAGUUGGGAAGACCUAAUUCAUACCACCAUUGUACAUUAUUAGUAAAUUGCAAUCGAGAAUUAAUGUCAAAUCUAUUGAAAAAACGUGAAAAAAAUAUUGAAACCAAUGCCACAGUCAGUGUAACAUCAGAUGUAUUGAAUUUGACACAAAUUAAUAACAAAGUGUGUAUCAAUAGAUUAAUGACUGCUGUUGGGUUACAAUACCUAAAAACAGUAGGCAAUAAAACAACAACAGAUCAAGGAUUUAAUUAUGUCACACCAAACGAACAAACAUUCCCUGGUUUUAAUGAAAUAAAAAAUGAAAUGGAAAGCUGGGAAUGGAGAUAUGGACGAACGCCAAAGUUUAAUAUAACUGUUAAAUGCAAUGAACAGUCUGUUAUUUUAUCUGUAAAAAGUGGCAUUAUUGAAAAUGUUGUUACUACCUGUAAUAUAAAGUUAAGCAACUUAGUAAAUGAAAAAUUUAAUAUGAAUAUAGUGGAAGAGAUAAAACGACGCUUAGAAACAAUAAAAUAGUAAAGUUAUAGCAAUAUAAUAAUCUUUUUUUUUAUUAGUUACUGUAGUAAAAUAAAAUGUUGUUGAUUUAUAUUUUGAUUAAAUAUUUAAAUUAAUGAUUA